AUGGUGCAGCAUAUUAAAGACAUGGAUGAAUUCAAAGCAUUUUUGAAAGAUGCUGGACAUCGACUUGUGGUGAUUGAAUUUUCAGCAAAAUGGUGUGGUCCCUGCAAAGAUAUGCGUCCUGUUUUUCGUGCAUUGUCUCUGCGAUACCAAAACGUAAGGUUUGCUAAUGUGGAUGUGGACGAUUCUCCGGAGUUGGCUGAAAACUGUCACAUCAAAGCACUACCCACAUUUCAGAUGUUCAAGCAAAUCCAGAAGGUAUGUUUCCAUGGAAACCAGCAAGGUCAAAUUAGAUUAUAG